AAAGAUCGCGACAUGCGAGGACUGUACCAACACCUCAAGAGAUCAGUGGGCCUCAGCGGGAGACAAGCGGGGGGACAGCAGUUCGUCGCGGAUGAGAGCGGCGUGUUGCUCCGGAACAGGGACGGCAUCCUCCAGCGGUGGGCGAGAUUUUUUAGCACCCUACUCAACAUCAAAUCCCCCAACCUGAACCCAGACAUCAUCACACGAGUGACGCAGCGGCCAGCGACACGUGGCACUCAACGGUUGGGAGAGUGGUUGGUGGAGGUGCCAGACCUCGAGGACGUGGCACGGGCAACGAAAGGCCUCAAGAACUGGAAGGCACCCGACCAUGACUCUCUCCCUGCCGAGUUGCUCAAGAUCGAUGACGACGAACCCUUCGUCCUGGGACACCUCCAUACCAUCCUCGUCAAGGUGUGGAACGGAGGAGUUAUCCCGCGAGAAGAGUGGAAGGAUGCAACCAUCAAGGUGCUGUACAAGGAGGGUGACCGGUCCAACUGUAACAACUACAGGGGGAUUUCGCUACUAUCUCACGUAGGCAAGGUCCCCAUCAAGAUCAUCACCAACCGUCUAAGCGCCUUCUGCGAAGCCAACAACAUCCUCCCGGAGGAACAAUGCGGAUUUCGAUCCGGGCGCUCCACCGUCGACAUGCUGUUCGUCGUGCGCCGCCUCUAGGAGCUGGGGCGGAGAAAGAAUUUACCGCUCUACGUGUGCCUCGUCGACUUGAAGAAGGCGUAUGAUUGGGUGGACCGAGGGAUGCCAUGGAAGGUGCUGGCCAGGGCCGGGAGUCCCGCGAAGCUGAUCAAAGUCAUCCGCCAAUUCCACGAUGGAAUGCGGGCCCGGGUGCGCAUGGACGACGGAGAACUAUCGGAAUGGUUGUUCGUGACACAGGGCGUGCAACAAGGAUGUUUGCUAUCCCCACUGCUGUUCAACAACUUCGGCGAGGUCCUCGAGGUCGUUGUCAUCCGAUUCAGCGAGGAUGAUGUU